ACUCCGUAGAGGGGCAUCCAUGUUAAAUACACUGUGCUCUCAAGCUAGCUGCACUGCUACGUCAUGCAGACCUAAAAGCUUCCUGCUGCUUCAAAGGUGAAGACCGCGUCGAGGCGCGUCUGGCUCACGUGUGGACCGGCGAAGCAUUCACCACGGGAUCGAAAUUUACAGCUCUUCCCACCAACAUGGCAGCAAUCAAUGCAACGACCUCUGUACCCGAGCUGUCCCAGGCCGAAGCCGGCGUGCUGGAGCUUUACGACAAGGUGCAACAACUCCAGCUCCAGUUGGCAGUUCUCAGAGCACAAGAGCGCUACACCCAAGGGAAAAGAUCACCAGAUGGUCGAACCCGGCUGUUAGAAGCAAAGGCAUCACUGUCACUUCGCGACAGAGUUAUCGAAAGCGUCGUGGCGGUCCAGCCAACUCUAAAAGCCGUCCACCAUGCCACUCACGCCUCGCCUGUUGAACGGGAUCUUUUAACCCACAUCGAGCAGCGCGACCAUGCAGCAAAGCGCACCGCUGAGCACUGCUCGGCCCUGCACUCGGCCAUGGAGAAGCUCGCAAAGGUUAAGGUUGAAUAUCUAGAAACCAAACAGCGAAAUGUGGAACUCGCAUCGGAAACGCUUGACCUUGCUGCUGAUAAUGUCGGGCAAGAACCCAACAAUGUCAGAAAUACACAGCUCAAGAUGGAACUGGACACAUUCGAGACCCAGCUUAGAGCGACGCGCGGAAAAUGGAGAGUGAUGAAAGGCACAGCUAGUGCUAUCGUCGCUGGCAGCGGCCUUGACUGGGUUCGGGAUGAGCGUUUGCGCGAACUGGUGCUCGACAUCGACGAUUGA